AUGGCUUCAAAUACCAAUAUGUACCAUCGCGUAUCUGGCAAUAAUAAAGAAAACAAUAAAUUGAUUGAUAAUAGCCAUAGAAACUUUCAAAUAUCAUCGUCACCACCAUCAGACCACCAUCAGUCUUACUCUCGGCAGCAACGAAAUUCUCAUCCAAUACGUUCAUCUAUUUUAACUAUUACUUCACCGGCCAAAUUAAACUCCUUAGAUAACCGAAUUCAUAAAAAUAACGAUGGUGGCAGUGGUGCAGGGCUCAAUAAAAAAUUAGCCCACAACACUUCAUUGUCAUUAAAUAAUGGUAAAAUUGGCCGUACUGGUAACACUACUUGUUAUUUAAGUGAUAAACUAGCGCUAUCUUUAUCGGAACGACAAAAUAUUAAUAAAAACAAAAAGACCAUCGAAGCACCCAAAAAAGUUCUUAACGGCACUCAUAGUCAUAGUAAAUCUCCCCAAAUUACGAAUAUUCCAUUUUUGAAAAGGGAGGCAUCAGUUUCCUCUUUAUCUAUACCUCAACCUCCACCUUUAAGAAGAGCAAUCUCUUCUGUAGCAUCUGGUAGGAAUACCUCCAUCGGUUUGGCAUUACCUGUAUCCAUAAAAAAUCAUGGUUCGUACAAUUGUUUGUCAAAUAAUGGUGCUGCUAUUACCAACAAUGAUAAUAAUAAUAAUAAUAAUAAUGAUAAUAAUAAUAAUAAUAAUAAUAAUAAUAAUAGAGAAGACUUCUGGAAAAGUGAUGACAGGUUUAUUCCAAAUAAAUAUAAUACACCCAAGAAUUCCAAAAAUGAUAUUUCAAUUAUAUCUGAUGACAGUCCAUCUCCUCCACCAAACGCAUCCCCAGAGACACACCUAAGAGCGCAUUCCAAAAAAAUUUUUAAAAGUAACGUAGCUAAUGCCUGUGGUAUUGAUUUUAAUCAACGAAUUUUACAAUAUUUGCCUGAACCACCAAUUCCAUCGUUAAAGAGAUCACAAAGUUACCAAAUUGGUACCAGGUAUAACUAUUUUGCAAAUCACAUUACCACCGCCACCAAUAAUGCCAGUAUCACUGGCGGUAACCUUUCGAAUACAAAACAACAGCAACAACAACAACAACAACAACAAUUAUUUACAUUGAGAAAAGUGAACAAGAGCCCAGAAAGGAUCUUGGAUGCUCCCAAUUUUGUUAACGAUUUUUAUUUAAAUUUAAUAUCAUGGAAUAAUGCCAAUAUUUUGGCCAUUGCGCUAGAUACAACAUUAUAUUUGUGGAAUGGAAAUACUGGUGAUGUAACACAACUAGUUGAUUAUGACCUCAAUAAUGACACUGAAGUUGGAGUAGCCGUAUCCCCACAUUCCAUUACCUCGGUUACCUGGGCUGAUGAUAAUUGCCACAUUUCUAUUGGCAAAAAAAAUGGUGAUUGUGAAAUUUGGGACGUUGAAACAAUGACAAAGGUCAGAACAAUGCAUUCUAAUUUGGGUGUAAGAAUCGGUUCCCAAUCAUGGUUUGUGAAUUUGGUGGCAAUGGGCUUUAAAUCAGGGGAAAUUUUGAUCAAUGAUGUUAGGAUCAAAAACCAUGUAGUCUCUACGUGGGAAGAACAUCAGGGGGAGGUUUGUGGAUUAAGUUAUAGAAGAGAUGGGUUACAAUUGGCAUCGGGUGGCAACGAUAACACUGUUUGUAUUUGGGACAGUAGAACAUCGAUACCCCAACAUAUUAAGAGACAGCAUCAGGCUGCGGUUAAGGCUAUUAGCUGGAAUCCUGACAUUUUGUCGUUACUAGCUACUGGAGGUGGUACUAAUGACCGUAAAGUUCAUUUUUGGAACACCACCACUGGUGCAAGAGUUAAUACUAUAGAUACAGGUUCUCAAGUUAGUUCCAUACAGUGGGGUCAAUCAUAUGCUAUAGGUGGGAGCGCCGAUGGUUCUUCUGCAUUUGAUAAUAGAAAUGGCGUAACUGGCAGUGGUGUUGGCAAUGAUCUAACUUAUACCACAGAUAGUGCUGUUACUUCUUCCGGUUAUCAAAGAGAAAUUGUAGUUACUGGUGGUCAUCCAAAUAAUGCCAUAUCCAUAUAUAAUUAUGAAACUAGGUUUAAAGUAGCCGAAAUUGAUCAUGCUCACGAAGCGCGUAUUGUUUCUAGUCAAUUAUCCCCAGAUGGGACAACUCUUGUUACUGUUGGUGGCGAUGAGAAUCUUAAGUUCCACAAAAUAUUUGAUGUCAAGAAGAAAAAGAAAUAUUCUGAUGAUGAAAUGUUGGCUUGUGAGAAUACCAGUUUUGUUAUUUCUGAUGAGGAUGAUGAAAGCUCAACAAAAAAAUGCCAUGCCACUAGAAACCAUAUGUUGCAUAAAUCUGUUUCGAGCACCACCACUAAAUUAUUACGAUCCCCUCAUAAAAAUAAUAAAACCAUGAUGACUAUUAGAUAA